AUGAAGGCAACUAUCAUCUUCCUCCUGCUUGCACAAGUUUCCUGGGCUGGGCCGUUCCAACAGAGAGGCUUAUUUGACUUUAUGCUAGAAGAUGAGGCUUCUGGGAUAGGCCCAGAAGAACACGCUCCUGUUGAUUCUGAAUUAGAGCCUCUGGGGCCAGUGUGUCCUUUCCGCUGUCAGUGCCACCUUCGAGUUGUGCAGUGUUCUGAUUUGGGUUUGGAAAAAGUGCCAAAAGAGCUCCCUCCUGACACUACGCUGCUGGACUUGCAAAACAACAAAAUAACCGAAAUCAAAGAUGGAGACUUCAAGAACCUGAAGAACCUUCAUACAUUGAUCCUUGUCAACAACAAAAUUAGCAAAAUCAGCCCUGGAGCAUUUACACCUUUGUUGAAAUUGGAACGACUUUAUCUGUCCAAGAAUCAUCUGAAGGAAUUGCCAGAAAAAAUGCCCAAAACUCUUCAGGAGCUGCGUGCUCACGAGAAUGAGAUCACCAAAGUGCGAAAAGCUGUGUUCAAUGGCCUGAACCAGAUGAUCGUCGUAGAACUGGGCACCAACCCGCUGAAGAGCUCGGGAAUUGAAAAUGGAGCCUUCCAGGGAAUGAAGAAGCUGUCCUACAUCCGCAUUGCCGACACCAAUAUAACCACCAUCCCGCAAGGUCUUCCUCCUUCCCUUACUGAAUUACAUCUUGAAGGCAACAAAAUCUCCAAAGUUGAUGCAGCUAGCCUGAAAGGACUGAAUAAUUUGGCUAAGUUGGGACUGAGUUUUAACAGCAUCUCUGCUAUUGACAAUGGCACUCUGGCCAACACUCCUCAUUUGAGGGAGCUUCACUUGGACAACAAUAAGCUUAUCAGAGUACCUGGUGGGCUGGCGGAGCACAAAUACAUCCAGGUUGUCUACCUUCAUAACAACAAUAUCUCUGCAGUUGGGUCUAACGACUUCUGCCCACCUGGAUACAACACCAAAAAGGCUUCUUAUUCAGGUGUGAGCCUUUUCAGCAACCCAGUCCAGUACUGGGAGAUCCAACCAUCCACCUUCCGAUGUGUCUAUGUGCGUUCUGCCAUCCAGCUUGGAAAUUAUAAAUAACUCCCAAGAAAGCCCUCGUUUUCAUAACCUGGCAAAAUCCCAUUAAUAUCAUUGCU